CGACACUAGUACGUACAGCUUCAGAACUGUAAGUGAUAAUAUGUGAGAGUAGGCUCCGUAAAUACAGAAAAAAAAUCUGACUAUACAAUCCCUGUUUUAAGUUACAUAAAUUUGAUAGGGACACUUAACUUAUGGUCCGAUUUCGUAGUUUCUAUGCGCUGUGUGUAUUCGUCGGUAUGCGAGCCGAGUGCAGUGGAAAAAACUAAAAGCAAGGCAGAGAGUGAGUUGAAGGCUGUUCGACACAAAGCGCGUCCUCAAGAGCCCAACGAUGGAGAGGAACUCCGAUCCGCGAGACGGCAGCGCGAGAAAGUUCUGAGACAGGCACGAAGGGACCAACAGCUUGUGAGUAAAAGACGAGUUCAAGAGGAUAAUGAUGAAGCUGAAGAGGAAGGAGCCAUGGACACUGCAGGCCAUGUUCUGUCGAAGGAGCAAGUUGUGGAACUGUUUCAGGGACUGCAGCACGGUGGGGCGAGAAAGCUGGACUACCUGCAAACCCUGAGGAAGGCCCUGCGAAGUCCAGAGGCCCAGCUCGUCUUCACGAAGUUGGAGAACAGCAUCCAUGUGAUGGUGGGUCUUUUAAGCAGCUCUGAUGCUCAGUGUCAGAUGGAGGCAGCACACUGUCUGCACGAGCUUUCUCAUUCCCCAGAACCCACAGUGGCCCCUGUCUGCCUGCCUGCCACACCCUACUUGAUCACUUACCUGUCUGGACAGAGUGCCAAGUUCACGGAGCUGUGUUUGUACACAUUGGGGAAUCUGUGUGCAGAGAGUGUGGCAGUGAGAGACAAGCUCCUGGCCCAGGGGAUUGUCCCAGCGCUAGCCAUCUGUAUGCAGAGACCCAGUUUUGCAGUGGUGGAAGCAGCUGGUUUCACAGUCUCCCAGCUGCUCCAGACGAAAGAUGCUCCAGAUAAAAUUGUCCCGAUCAUCAUGGCUUCUGGGAUAAUUCCUCACCUGGUGGCCACUCUGCAGCCUGACCCCCAGUUUGGAAUGGGCGCAGCCAUCGAAUGUGCAUGGUGUCUGCAUUACCUGACUUGCAGCAACAGGGGUGAUGGAACAUUGGUCGACAUGGGCACUGUAUCAAAGUGCAGUUCCCUGCUGAUUACACUGGGUGGUGCUGUGGCCAAAGGUAAUACUGAGGAAGGCAUUGAGCUGCUGAUCUGGCCCCUGCUGCGCUGCGUUGGGAAUCUUCUGGCAGGCAAUGGUUUGGACGGCCUUGGGCCACAGCUUGGGGACAGCCGGCUGCUGGCUGCGCUCUGUGUGCUGGCCCAGGCCUUCCUGCACUCCCAUCCUUCCCUGGCCAAGGAAUGUCUCUGGGUGUUAAACAAUCUCACAGCGGAUUCCAGUGUUUUCUGCUCAGCUGUACUCUUCCUCAAUUUGGUCCCAGUGUUAAUCCAGCUCCUGCCUUUCUCGCUGGGGAUUAACACCAUGGUCCUACGGAUCCUGGCUAACAUUGCACAUCAGGGGACCGAAUACUGCUCUCAGCUGGUCCACAGAGGCCUUCUUCCCGCAUUGUGUGCCACUCUCAAAAUGGCCGACCCAGAUGUGGUGACACUCAGCCUGGAAGUGCUCUACAUUGCGCUGUUCAGCACUUCACAGGCUGCGGAGGAGUUUAUGAAACUGAGGGGCCCAGCAGUUCUGGAAGCUAUCCAGUAUAACAGCCUAACUGAAAUGCGGCUCAGGGCUUCAUACCUUCUUGACCAUCUUCUCUCUACUCAUGGCCACAUGUGAAUAACUAUGUGUUUGUUGGGUUUAAGAAGAAAAGUUUCUAACAAAGACAAAGUUGUCAUAUUUAAACCUUUUCAUUAAAUUACUUCUG